CACAGUUGUAAUCUCAAAAGAAGCUUCCCGAUCGUGAAAUGCAAUUGGUGCACAGAACUGUCAAUCAACAUGAUAAUCCCGCCCUAAUGCGCGAUCCCUUGAUGGAAGAGUGACCAGACCUCCGUCUCAUCUGACGUGCGUCUGCAUUCCACACACUUUUGGUGCUGAAGUUUGUUGGUGUGUGUGUGUGUGUGGUGAGGUGAAGCCAUGCCGCUGGUCAAGAGAAACAUCGAGCCAAGGCAUCUGUGCAGAGGAGCUUUACCUGAGACCAUCAGCAAUGAACUGGAGUGUGUGACCAACAACACACUCUCUGCCAUCAUACGCCAACUCAGCAGCCUCAGUAAACAUGCCGAGGACGUGUUUGGUGAGCUCUUUAAUGAAGCCAAUACAUUCUACCUGCGUGCUAAUUCUCUACAGGACCGCGUAGACCGUCUUGCAAUCAAGGUCACUGAGUUGGACUCUAGUGUGGAGGAAGUAUCACUUCAGGACAUUAACAUGCGUAAAGCCUUCAAGAGUUCUACUGUUCAAGACCAGCAGGCGGUGACAAAGAGCAGCACUCCAAACCCCAUCACAGAGAUGUACAACACCAGCGACAAACCACCACCUCUGAACAUACUGUCUGCUUACAGGGAUGACCAUAUUGAUGGAAUCAAGUUCUACACAGACCCCUCAUAUUUCUUUGACUUGUGGAAGGAGAAAAUGCUUCAAGACACAGAAGACAAGAGAAAAGAGAAGAGGAAAUAUAGGGAGCAGAAGCGGGGAGUUGAUGGGACGCUGCCUCGUGAGGUGAAGAAGGUUCGUAAGGCUCAUAACCGCAGACAGGAAUGGAACAUGAUGGCUUUUGAUAAAGAGCUACGGCCGGACCAUCGUCAUCAUCAUCAUACACUUCGCAGGGGUGUAUCGUCUGAGGGCUCGCUGUCUCCAGAGUACAGACCACAUCCAAACAGCUCCGACUACCCAGUCCCAGCAUGCCACGCUCCAGCCCGAGCACAUCCCGUGGACACAGCAUCACAGGGUGCUAAUGGAGGGGUGGAGCACGAGUACCACAGCAUCGGAGGGCCUGCAGGGGUAACUGUGGCUGCUGAUGGAGGUUACAGAGUGGCUUUACUCGCUCGAACACAUCCAGCUCCUCCACAGUACCUGCCCCGGGAAAACGGGGUCAAUGGAGCCGUCAUGCUUCCACCAACAGACUAUGGUUUGAUGGAGUACUAUGCCAGUUCAGGCCCGCCGCCUCCUCCACUGGCUCUCCUCAUUCCCUCUGCACAGACGGCGUUUGCCUCACCUCCAGCUACUCCUCAUCCUGGACCAAUCACAUCAUCCCUACGGUGUCCUCUUCCACCUGUCCCACCUCCCGGACCGGUUUCAGCUUCGCCUCCUGGAGGUCCUCCUCCUCCUCCAGCGCCUCCACCUCAUCCCGGUGCACUCGGAGAGGGACGGAGACGCUGUCUGAAGCCCGUCGCAGACGCUCGCAGUGACCUACUCUCAGCAAUACGCAUGGGCAUCCAACUAAAGAAAGUACAGGAGCAACAGGAACAGCAGGCUAAACGAGAGCCGGUGGGGAAUGACGUGGCCACUAUACUCUCUCGCCGCAUAGCCGUGGAGUACAGCGACUCAGAAGACGACUCAGAGCUUGAUGAGAAUGAAUGGUCUGACUGAUUAUGGUCAGCCACACACACAAUGGUAGAAUAGAGACCUUCCUUGUAAAUAAAUACGUUCACCUUCAGACACCCACAUAUAGUUGAUUAUUAACUCUUUCCACGCC